AUGAACAAUAAUAUCAACGGACAGGUGGAUGGACAGAAUGUGGUGGACUAUUCUUCGCUAGAUAGCUCCGUGCAGGAACUGAUCGAGGCAGCUAUUAAGGUUCGGAACAACGCCUACUGUCCGUACAGCAAUUUCCCGGUGGGCGCGGCGCUAAGAACCGCCACGGGUGAAAUUGUUACCGGAUGUAAUGUGGAAAAUGGUACGUUUGGACCGUCGGUAUGUGCCGAACGGACAGCUGUUUGUACCGCUAUCAGUGCAGGACAUCGUGAGUUUACGACGGUGGCAGUGGCAGCUUAUCAGGAGACAGAAUUUACGGCACCGUGCGGCACAUGUCGUCAGACGUUGGCGGAGUUCAGUCGCAAAGAUAUCCCCAUCUAUCUGGUCAAGCCCGCACCGGUGAGGGUUAUGAUAACGUCGCUAUUUCAGCUGUUACCGCACGCCUUCACGCCCACCUUUCUAAACAACAAAUAGUCCAAA